AUGGAAAGUUUAAAUCAGGAUAAUAAUGCUAAUUUAUCGGAUUUUAUUGCAAAGUCAGCUAUUUUUGAUAGAAAAUACUUCACCAUUGUUAAAGUUGCUGAUGAUAAUGUAAAAGUUAAAGCAAAAUGUAAUUUUUGCUCAAAAAAAACGGUCAUAUCUGGAUCAAUUAAUUCACUGUCGAAUUUCACAACGCAUUUGAAAAGAAUGCAUGCCGAAAAAUUCAAAGAUUACCAAAAAUACAAAAACGAAUGGGUUAAACCCGAAUCAGCUGUAAAAUGUGGCGUAAAGAAGAAAGCAAAUGACGACAUAGAUUUAGAGAUUAGCAACAACAAACAACCUCAAACAAAACUUGUGCAGUCAAAUGUGGAGUCUGAUGACGAUUACUUUGGCUUCAGACUGAACACUUCAGAAUUUGCCAAUGCCACCACUUCAAGUUCCAAUGAUAAUCAUGAAUUCGGAAAAUAA